AUGUGUUGGGUCUCGAAUGAAUUUUAUGGUAAAGUCAAUUGUUGGCAAUACUCUACCAACCGCUUAAGACCAGGCUCUGUUAUGGAAUUCCCUCUUGGAGGUGACCCGACGUGUCUUCCAUUUGCGGCGCGCUUCUUCAAUUUAGUGAACAUUUUCUCACGUUCUAUCUUUGGAGGAAGAACCGAGGAGUUUGCAGUAAUACAGGGACCACAGGUAAUAGAAACGACCGGCAAUAUCGAACAGGAAUUGGGAUGUGAUGUCAUUAAUAACCGGGGAGCAGUUAAGGUAGACCCUGAGCGCAUGGUAAUAGCGGGCGAGAUGACUCAUAAAUCUACCUCAUGGGCACUUACGGCCCCUAAUCGACCCAUAACGCCUCCCGAUUGGUCGGAUCUACGCGUGGUGGGGGACGGUGCAUCCUUCGGAUUGGCUGGCCCACUAAAUCAGCGGCAUCUGGUGCAGCCUAGCUGUAAUUAG